AUGAAUGGAAUCACAGAUGAAUUGUUGAUGUGGACCAACUAUGAUCAUCCAUUUAAUCAUGAUCUACAUCCUAUUGAAUUUAGAAAUCAAUCGAUUUUUUAUUGUUAUGAUGGAACAAAUAUUGAGUGCAGAAUUUCACAGAAUCCAACAGAUGGAAGUCCAGUUAUAUGGUGUGAUAACAAACACAUGAAUAUUCUACCACUGGCAAUUCAUUAUUCAGUUUGUCAAGUUUUCAAUUUGAUCGAUACAAUUCAAAUCAUUUUUGAAUUGAGUGAGAGAGAAGAUUUUCCGGAAACCAAUCGAAUUGAUAACUUACGAUUGAUAGGAUCUCCAAUGGAAGCGGAUGAAUAUGACGAGUUCUUUGAGAAAGUUCAAGUUUCAAAUCAUUUGAAAAUAAGCAGUCCAUUGGAGAAAGGUGUGAUAAAAGAGGAUUCGAUGCUUUUAUCAACUAAUCAUUUGAUAUGUAAUCAGAGAGAUUGGAUUACAAUGAGACAUUUGAUAAAUUUCAAUGGGAAAACUGCAAUUAUCACGGGUGGUUUACAUGUUAGUACACAAGAAAUUAUAGACUUUUUGAAUAAUUGGAUAAAUGGAGGAAAUGAAAAUUUGGAAAUGAUUAUUGUCACUUUGAUUUCAUCAGUUCCAAAUAUUGAUCUAUCUUGGAUUCAAGAAAAUUUCAAUUUUAAACCAUGGGAUCCGAAAAAAAGAGGAGGAAGAUUCAAGUACACAGCCAUACAUGCGUACUCCCAUAAAACUGACUUACUUGAUUGCACGAAUGCAAUGGAUCUCGAGAGAAAGACUGACAAUAAACUGGCAACUGUUAAAAUCGAAAAGGAAUCGUUCAUCUUUUUUGUCUGGAAUGAUCCGUUUCCCGACUCAAUGGACACUAUAUCAGAGAAGCAACAGAUAGUGAACCCUUUUACUGGAAAGAAACGGGAAUAUCAUGCCUAUGGUCGGUCGGAGUUUUAA